UUCUUUCUAGAGGCAUGAAACUGGACACGAGGUGCCAAAUCUGUGGGCUAGAAGGAGAAUCAGUGAAUCAUGUUCUGUUCACCUGCACGCUUUCUAGGCAAUACUGGGCCAUCAGUAACUUCCCUAUUCCUCACACUGGUUUUUCCGAAUCCUCUGUCUACUCUAACAUUUAUUAUAUUCUCAAAGCUAGAGAUAUCUCCUCUAUUCCUCUGGAGAUUAGUAGAGCAGGACCUUGGAUCAUUUGGAGUAUAUGGAAAAACAGAAAUCUUCAUUUCUUUGAAGGCAAGAUCACGAAUGCUCCAGAUUUCUCGGCCCAAGUAUUUGACGAAGUAAACCACUGGUUUAUCAUCAAAACUUUGGAGAAAGAAGAAAAGGCUAUUGAUCUUGAGAGAAAGAAGAGAAUCUUAUUUGGUUGGAAACCGCCUCCCUCUCAUUGGGUGAAAUGUGAUAUUGGCUAUGCUUGGAGUCCAAUCAAAAAGGAGAGUGGAGCUUCUUGGGUUGUAAGAAAUAAAGCAGGUAAGGUCUUGCUGCAUGGUAGGAGAUCAUUCUCAGGAAUCACUAGCAAGACAGAUGCUUCUUUAGAAAGCUGGAUAUGGGAAAUUGAUAGUUUAAAAAGCCUACACUUUGACUCUGUUAUUUUUGCAAGUGAAGACAAAGACCUGGUUGCCGCAGUCUCUACUCCUUCUGCCUGGCCUUCUCUAAAAUUCUAUUCAGAGCAGGUUUGUCUUCGGUUACAUAAUUUUUUGAAUUGGCAUGUUCAGUUCCAGCAGCGUAGUGACAUUAAAGGUGCUCAUCUCAUAGCCAAUAGUGUGGUCAAAGAGGAUCGAUUUCAAUCUUAUAUUGCAACUGGAUUCCCGCGUUGGUUAAGUCAUCUUUACCAAUAGCUCUCACUAGCUCUCAUCCUUGUUGUAAUAUCUUUCAGAUUAUCUUGGAUCCUCUUAUUUUUGUAGCUCUAUCUUUGUAAAG